AACAAAUGUGGUUUAAAUAAGUAACCUGCAUAACUGCUGCAUGACCAGAUUCUCAAAUUCAGCACACUUUCUGCCCCAAGACCCAAGAGGACACCAAAAAAACUGAAGCUCUUGAUUCUGAACUGGACGUACAUGGCUGUGCAGAUCAUGUCCUUUGCCAGGUGUUUUUUCCUACUCCUCCUAGUGGUGGUCCAUGCAGAGCAGGAAAUUUCUGGAAAGAAUCCUGGCUGUGUGUGUGGACACCCGGGAAUACCGGGCAACCCGGGACACAACGGAAUACCUGGACGUGACGGUCGAGAUGGAGCCAAAGGGGAUAAAGGAGAUGCAGGUGAAAUUGGGACCUGUGGAGCAGCGGGGAAGGAUGGACCAAAAGGAGACAAAGGAGAACCUGGUGCACCAGGUAUAGAUGGGCUUAAAGGGAGACGCGGAGAGAGCGGAGAAAGGGGUCCACCAGGAAAAAUGGGGCCCCAAGGCUUCUCAGGACCGCUUGGUCUUAAAGGAGUAAAGGGAGAGAUGGGAAUGCCAGGACCGAAAGGUAACAAAGGAGAUGUAGGACCAGAGGGACCUUUAGGGCCUCAGGGAAUCCUUGGGUACCAGGGAGAGAAAGGAUCUCCAGGCCCUAUUGGUCCUCCGGGAAGACAAGGCCCUAAGGGCGAACUGGGACCUCCUGGCCACAAGGGCAGCCUUGGUUACCGUGGUGAAAAGGGGUCAAAAGGCGAUACAGGAGAAAAAGGACCUAAAGGAGACAUGCCUGAAAUACCCAAAAGUGCCUUUUCUGUUGGACUGACUGCACAAAGCAAGCUGCCUGCGAGUAAUACACCUAUCCGAUUUGACAAAAUCAUCUACAACCGUCAGAAUCACUACAAUGCCGAGAGUGGCCGCUUCACCUGUGCCAUCACUGGAGCUUAUUAUUUCACCUACCACAUCACAGUGUUCUCUCGAAACGUCCGAGUGGCACUAAUGAAGAACGGCCAAAGCGUCAUCCACACCAUGGACAACUACCAGAACAGUGAGGACCAGGCGGCUGGGGGCACUGUGCUUCAUCUGGAGGUCGGGGACAAGGUGUGGCUUCAGGUGCCUGGAGGUCAGCUCUUUAAUGGGCUCUACGCAGACGAUGAUGAUGACACAACCUUUUCUGGGUUCCUUCUCUUCGCUGAAUGACAAACCAAAUAUCUGGAGAUUUCUGAGGAAAUAUGUGUAGUUUCAUUCUCCAAAAUGAAACUGGACUUCAAAAGCAAUGCUUUAUCUUCCUUUAGUCAUCCUGAUUGUUCCUGGGUCAAGUAUUUAAUCUAAUAUACAAAAAAAAAUUUUGAUUUCUCCUUAUUAUUUUUGUUUGUUUGUUUUUGAAACACCAAAAUAAACAGAAUGACUGCAUUAUA